GGUGGUGGUUUCUAAGUGAAGUGUUGGAAGAAAAAUAAAAUUCGAAAUUUGGUCACAGGGUUUUAGUGCCGUCGUCAUCUGUGGAGGAAUAAAUGACGGAAGUUUUUGCGAGCUGCGACGUUGAUUGUGGAAAACUUAUGUGUUGAAAAGGUUCGUCGCUUGUUGCUGAUGAAAACAGUGAAACGCGUUGGAUGUUUCUUUAAAUCGUGUUAAAAAACUAGUGGUAGAAAAGCAGGUGAAUUAUUACUAAGCGAAUAGACGUGAUUGGUGAUUGUUUUUUAUUGAAUACACCAUAAUCGAAUUGGACUGACACUGGAUGAUAUGAAGACGGAAUACAAAUCCUGCGGUGGCUGCUCGGAGCAGAUCACCGACCGGUACAUCUUCGAGGUGAGCGGCUGUGCGUGGCACGGAUCAUGUCUGCGAUGCAGCGUAUGCUACUGCUCGCUGGAACGUCAGACCUCGUGCUACUUCAAGGAUGGCGAAGUGUACUGCAAAGCCGAUUACAUCAAAAAAUUUAAAACCAGCUGCGCCAAAUGUUCCCGUUCGAUAUCGCCCUCCGACUGGGUGCGAAGGGCGCGAGAUUUCGUGUUCCAUUUGGCGUGCUUUGCGUGUGAUUCCUGCGGUCGACAGCUCUCGACGGGGGAACAAUUUGCCAUCAUCGACGAUCGGGUGUUGUGCAAGACGCACUACAUGGAGCUGAUUGAUGAUGGAACAACUUCCAGCGAGGAUGGUUGUGAUGCCGAAGGUAACGGAAAGAACAAAACGAAAAGGAUACGAACGACGUUCACCGAGGAGCAGAUUCAAAUCUUGCAAGCCAACUUCCAGAUCGAUAGCAAUCCGGAUGGGCAGGACCUGGAGCGAAUAGCAUUGGCAACUGGGCUGAGUAAGCGAGUGACGCAGGUUUGGUUCCAAAAUUCCCGUGCCCGCCAGAAAAAGCAUGGUGAGAUUUACUCCCCUGGAUCGGAUGUGUGCGAUACUAAUCGGUUUGUGUCAUUCGCAGUGCCCCGAGGUCAAGAGCUGUUCAAUGGUCUGCGGUCCGAUAUGAACAAUAACAGCAACAGUAAUGAUAGCCAUGGAAGCACACCAUUGAGUGAAGAGUGUGCGUUGGCCAAAGCUUCAAUUUUCAAUCAUCAUGGGUUCAUCAAUUUGAUGGUGUGACAUGAAGCAAGAGGUGUCCACCCAAUGGGAGGACCAGAUCAUCACCCGUCGCCACAACAGCCGCCAUCACAGCAGCACGUUGGUUACUCCUGAGGAUAGCUGACCUUCAGCUGGAGCAUACCGACGUCUUGAGAUUCGCCCACAGGAACGUCAUCCGGAUGACACGAACCGUCGCCCCCGGUUUAUCCCACUACCAAAGAAAUUGUGUAUGUAGUCUGAGAGGAAAUUCUUCAGAUCAGUCUGAAUAGAAACUAAGGAUAGAUUUGCAUCAGAAGCGGACGCCUUUGAGUUUAUUUUACUUGCACGAACAAUUAACCGUUACAGAGUUUCGCAUGUUUGUGAUAAUUUCUAUGCAUUAUGACUAAAAAUGGUGCUUAGUAUAAAUA